AUGUCAGCAAUCCUCAGUGAACUUACGCCCUCUCAGACACCCUCCCACUCCAUCUACUUGCCGCCGGAGAUCCUUGCCAUGACCCUCCGAACACUAGCGCUGUAUAGCAAGCUAUUUCGGAUCACCUGUACGCCACUACUUUACCAGCGAGACUUUCAAUCGCCCGUUCCUCGUUGUGUUGCCUGGGCGAUUUCCGAGUGCGAAGACGACUCUGUUUCACUAUGUGUACUUCAAAGAACUCAGCAGGUGGGGGCGGAUUUUGAAAGGAGACUGCCGUACGAUUGCUUCCUCGGUCAUUGCGGUACUGAUGUCUUUGAAUCCCGACGGGACUGCUUAUUCCGAGGUACAGAGCUGCUGUCAGCUUUUAAGCUUGCUCUUCUGUUAGGUCGCGACAAGCUUGUUGCUUUUCUUUUGCAGAACGGAUUUCACGACCAGGAAGUAACCAUCGACAACAAAGUUUGGUCUUUGCUUCCGUUCAAAGCGACUCAUGCUUCUCUUUGGGAACUAGACACCUCGAUUGCCCAGCUCUUUGCAUCGGACGGGCGUUUUCAACCCGCUUUCGAGCCAUUCAUUCAGUACAACGAGUUCGAGCCAACCUUUGCGAGGCUUGGAACACUUUCUUUCGCGCCCUGGUUUCCAAUGUCGCAAGAGGAAAUUCUACAGUAUGUGUACGAGUGUGGAGUCAGUAGCUUCAAUAUGGGUCCGGAAUUCGAAUUCAAACGUAGGAGAAUGUUUGUUGUUAAAGCGAAAUCUUUCAGGCCCAGAUGUAACCUGUGGUAG